UUUAUACCUAAAUUCUGUAUUAUUUAUUUAUAUUUGCACACUCUUUGUGCAUUUAUGAUUUUCUUUAUACAGCUUAAUGCUAAAAUGGCUCUUAGCCAUAUUUCGGUGUUGAUGUUUUUAGUUUGUUCCUCUGCUAUCGAACGCGCAAUUGCCGGUGGUUGCAUUCCAGAGUGUCCCGCAGAUCCAUGCGAAACUGCAAGUUGUCCUAAUCACCCGGAAGCCAAUUGUAGAGUGAUAAUUGCAGGUUGCACGUGUCGAGCAGUAUUUUCAAACUCGGGUGGUGAUUUGUCUACUGAAGAUUGUUCUCUAGGAAGUGGACCUUGCAGACCAACACCUUGUAAACCAGACCCAUGUGAUACCGCAGAAUGUUCGGCGCAACCAGGAGCGACAUGCAAAUCUGACACAUGUACGGGAUGUGUAGCACGUUUUGAAUAUGGAGGAAAGACAUUGACAGCCCACGAAUGCCUUCUCAGCACCGGACCAAUUCCCGAUUUAUGUCCUGACGGAAAGCCUCCAGUGAAUUGUGCAAGGGAUCCUUGCCAAGGGGCGACGUGCCCUGCUGUGUCGGAUGCGGAUUGCCGAGCUAACUACUGUGGAGGAUGUAAUGCGGAUUUUUAUAUAGGAAAUAGAAAGUUAGCGGAUCAUUUAUGUAUUAAAAAAGAAUCGUGUCCACCUCAUAUGCCUCAAGCUGGCUGCUUCUCACCUUCUGGUGGAUCAUGUUUGGGCCAAACUUGUCGAUUGGUGCCUGAUGCGGAAUGCUAUAUAGACGGGUGUGGGGGAUGUAAGGUUAUUUGGUACAGAGGAAGACAAAGACUUACGGAUGAAGAUUGUAAUGGUUGCCCACCAUUUGCCCCUCGCGACUGCAAUCCUUGCAAUGAAGGGACAUGUCCCGAUCAUCCGGACGCUCGAUGUGAACCUAAGCGUUGCAGAAUGUGCAAAGCAGUUUUCUUCGGUCCAGAUCGUAAGGAGAUUGACACUUGUUGCAAGGAAGAAACAUGCGAAGAUGGGACCAGAAAAUUCCAUUGUAAAAACAAUCCUUGCGAUGGAGCGGAAUGUCCCGCUAUACCCAACGCUGUUUGUAAACCUAAUUACUGCGGAGGAUGCAAAAGAGAAUGGAGUGAUAGACGCGGGAGAAGAACAUUUACAGAAGCAGAUUGUGCUCCAUUAGAUUACUGUCCUAUUAUUGAUGGUCCAGUACCAUCAUGUCACGGCGGACCAUGUCUGGGAAAAACAUGCCCCAACUAUCCUGGUGCAACUUGUAAAAUUGACGCUUGUAGAAGUUGUGAUGUGGUAUUUUAUUACAACGGAAAGCGACUGACUGAUGAAGAUUGUAAUGGUUGUCCCGGUGGUAAUGAAGUUAUUGGAUGUGGCGAUCCCUGCCUUCAUGCAACCUGUAGAGGGUUCGACUUCUUACGUUGCGAAGUUCAGAGAUGUGGAGAAUGCAAAGCCAGAUUCUUUGGAAUCGAUCGUCUGGAGGUUACCUGUCUUCCGGACCAAUCUAAAGCUGAAACUUGUUCGGACGGAUCCGAACCAUACUUGUGUAAGGUCGAUCCAUGUGACGUUGCAUCUUGUCCAGCGUUGGCUGAUUUAGUCUACUGUAAGCCAAACUAUUGUGGAGGAUGUAAAGCUGAAUUCUUCUAUCUAAGAUCUAAUUUGAUGGUGGAAGAGCACUAUUGCACUGGAACUGAGGAUUGUCCUGGUGACGUUCCUGUCGCGGGGUGUUUGGCAAAUCCACCCGGUGCUGAUUGCCUCGGUCAGAAAUGUCCAAAUUAUCCAAACGCCAAAUGCAUUGUUGAUGGAUGCAAUGGUUGUAACGUCGUGUUUUUUGAUGGUCAAAGAAGACUGACUGGGGAGGACUGCAAUGGGUGUCCCACUGACCAACCUGAAGUUGCUUGCAUCGAUCCUUGUAAACACGCUCUCUGUCCUCAAUAUCCGGAAGCAAGAUGUGAACCAAGAAGAUGCGGAAAAUGUUCAGUUGCUUUCUUCGGACUCGAUCGAGCAGAAAUUAAAGACUGCUGCGGGAAAGGUUCACUGGUUCUCCCCAAACCAGAAACAUGUCCUGGCAACAAAGUUUGGAGACGUUGUGCGCCAAGAUGUCGGGAUUCUUGUCAACUCAAGCAUGAUAGGUGUACACGUGACUGCGAUCCAGACAACCAUUGCAUAUGUCCACCCGGAACUAUUGAAGAAACAACAGGCUCAAAUAACUGCAUAAAACCAUCUGACUGCCCAUCUGCCCCUUGUCCGCCAAGAAACUGCGGCAUCGUUCCCCCGUGUUUCAGACCGAAUUGUCCCGGAUAUCCAAGUGCUGUAUGCAAAGCUUCCAACUGCGAUUGUUCAGAAUGGUACGAGGACGCAGAAGGAAAUCGUGUUGAUUGUGAUGUUCCAUGUACACCAAAAAAUUGUGGCAUAGUUCCUCUCUGUCGCAUAGCAACUUGUCCAGGAAAUCCAUUUUUAAAAUGUCGUUCAUCACAAUGUGAUUGCUCAGAAUGGUACGAAGAUCGACAUGGUAAUCGCGCGGAUUGUAAAAUACCGGAAUGUCCCGGAGACAAGAUUUACACGUUGUGUGCCUCGGUGUGUGAAAACUCAUGCGAUUUUGAAUAUGGCUUAUGUACAAGUGAUUGUUCGAGGACAAACCACUGUGUCUGCCCCCCGGGAACAAUAAUGCUCAAUAAAAACUCAAACAUAUGCGUGAAACCAGAGACAUGUCCAGGCCGAAUCCAUUGCGAUGUUCCAAAGGAGCUUAUCCAAGGCAUUGUAGCGCCCGGUGACCGAGAUAAUAUCAACGAGGGAGAAUAUGUAGUAUACAGAUGCGAUGCAGGCUUCCGCAUGAGAGGAGGAUCCAGAAGAAAAUGCAUUAACAGAAAAGGAAAGGGCAAGCUUGUCGGAUUGCACCCAAAAUGCUAUGAUAUGUUUUGUCCAAAGCUUGAUUAUGGCUAUGGUGGUUGCGUUUCAAAUUGUCGAUCCAACGCAGAAUGCGGAUACAAGAAGAUUUGUUGUCGCAACGGAUGUGCUUCAGUCUGCCUGGAUGAGCCGAGCAAGUGUCCCGGCGGACGUCCCCCAGUUCAAUGUUUCGCAAAUCCAUGUGAUGGUAGAACUUGCCCACGUUAUCCGGAAAAAGCUGUCUGUAAACCAAACUACUGUGAUGGCUGUGGCACUGAGUGGUAUAUCAAAGACGUCCUUCUUUUACCAAACGAUUGCUCGAAACCCGCGGAUCUUCGUUGCCCGUCUCUGAAAUUUGCUAUAAAGCUGUGCUUAGAUGCUUGCAGAACAGAUUCUGAUUGUAAUGACGUGGAAGUGUGCUGUUUCGAUGGAUGUGGACAUCGCUGUUAUGGAUAUUCAUAGAUGCAUGAAAAAUGGAAAUAUUACGUUUCAAUAGACUUUCGAUUUGAACUAAAAAUAACCUAUAAAUGUUUCCAGAGAUUGUAGAAUUAAGAUGAACUGUAAUAUCAUCUACUCCACAUUUACAUAUAUAUAUCAAGCUGUAAACACGAGCUGAAUUGGUUAUUCUUAUAGCCAUUUUUCCUGUAUAUCAAAUGAUUAUUUGUGAAAGUGUAAACAUAUACCGACUUAUAUCCAACAAAUAAACUGCUCCUUAUAUUGGGUAAA